AUGACCAUCAUGCCCUCGUACCUUCGUAAUCUCUUCGGUGGCUCUAAUGCGUCAUCGCCUGCAGGGACGUCGAAGUCUCAUAGCCGCUCACGCUCAGCGGGCCCUGCACCCGCAAACAUCUAUGCUCCGCGUGGAAGCAUGGACUCUGGUGCGAAUGUGCCUCGCAAUUACAGCUACACCUCUCAAGCGACAAACCCCUCGCCCCUCCGCUAUCCUACCGACACGAGAACGCUGCAUGGCUAUGGCAGACGAGCGGCUGCCACUCCGUACGCAGAGCCACGCGCACAUGUCAUCCGCAGGGCGAGCUACAAAGCACGCGAACCCGCGAACUAUGCAAUGCACACGCCCUCGGCAAAGUACACGACGCCUCCGAGCUCACGCUCGAACUCGAGUUCCUCGCUGUAUGGGAUGGGUGUACCGCGAACCCCUAGCUCCGACGCAGGACACUAUAGCUCCUCUUCGGACAGGCGGCCCCCCUUCCGACACAAUCAAAGCUGGCAACCUGGCAGCAGUGCCGGAAGCACAUCUUCCUAUGGAUCAGUCCGUGGGCACUCUCCCGUUCCGUCAGGUUCGCACUCGCGGCCAAGGACACCCUGCCUUCACAUGCAUCCGCUUCUCGCGCACACCCGCCUCCACCACGCCCCGCUGAACUACGAUGUCGUCUUUACACCCUCAGCGCGCACUGUGCUCGAUCGCGCGACACAUUCCCCCAUUCCCGCGCACACCCUUUCUCAGCCCGCCACCGAGCCGCCGAUGCCGGCUGGCGCACGACUGGUCCUGCGUUCGCACAAGUUCCCAUGGCCCGUCGUCGUUACCUCCCCUAGCGCAGUGAGCGCAUCGCCUGGCCCUCGGUUCACCGUCGGCCCGCCGACGCACGCGCGGUCCGCGUCCGGGGGCUCGAUCUCGAACCUAGACGUCCUGUACGCGGUGCACACGACGCUCAUGACGCAGAUCACGCCCGAGGAGUGGGAGGCCCUCGGGCGCGGCAGUCGCGCGCAGCAGAAGGUAACGCGGGCAUACGAGCGGCGGUGCACGCGUAUGGGCGGCGGCUGGGAGGGUGGCGUACGCCGGGUCGACUGGCUCGGAGAGAAGACGCGACUUGUUGGCGUCGAGGUCGACAAGAGCGGCGGCGGCGGCGGUAGUGGGAAGCUUGUCUUUUCCAGGGCAUGA